AGCGUCAUUCUCAGCAGCAGAGAUGUCAGCACACACACUGAAGAUGACAGCAUCUGUACAAUACUUAAGAAAACUGCUGGGGAAAAGCAGCUGUGCGACAAACAACCUGUUGAACACUGGACACAAAACACAGAAGAACACUACUGAUUAUAAAACAAUCAGGAACAAAGAUGGAAAAAGUCAUAAAAGAAACGUAGUACAAUUCCAAGACAAGGCAACAGAGCAGUGCAUACGGAAAAGUGUCGUUUUAAGAAGAAAAGAAAAUGAAACUUUUGGGUUUGACAUCCAGACAUGCAGUGUUGAGAAAAGCAUCAGUGCAGAGCGGGAUUUGGGCUCUUGUGUGUGUUGGGUUAAGGAGAACAGUCUUGCAGAGAGUAGCGGGUUAAUGACAGGUGAUGUUAUUAUAACAGUCAACUGUGUGCACAUUGCUGGAUUCACUCAUCAGCAGAUUAAGGAUUUGGUUCAAAAGUCAUCCAUCUUAACGAUGGAGAUUAUGAGAGCUGCUACUGAAAAGCAAAGACAAUUGCUUUGCAAGCUUUAUCUCCUGCAGCAACAGUUUACAGAGAAAUGCGAAGAGCUUCAGACACUCAUCGCAGAGGAAGCGCGUCUGACAAGAGGUGCUGUGGAAAACAUCCAGAUGCCUUCUGUCCUUCCUACAGAAUCCUCUGCUACCCUUUAGUGACAGUAUGGAGAGAGAGUUUUGUUUCACUUCCAAUACAAUCAAACACACCUAAUCAUGGUUCUGGGCUUCAGUAGAAAAUUACAGGCUAGAGCAUUAGUAGGGCUGAAACUAAGCUCUGUGGUAAAGUAGGUUGGGCACCCUGUGCUCCUUAACCAUUCUAAACGUACGCCAGUAAAACAAAUCCUGGCUAUAUGGUCAAGAGACCCCAUUAGAGACUCUGUUAAGAUAGGAUUCUAUAGUUUCUGUAUUUUUAAACUCAGUGUUAUAUCAUGGUUUGAAUUAGUGAAUGAAAAGCUAAAAAUGUAAAGUAUAAAAUGUAAUUAUUUAACUAUUUAAUUAUACUGUAUUUGUUUAUUUGCACUAUUAAUUUGUUUUUAUUUAUAUUUAAUCUCAUCUAUAUUUUGUCUACAUGUGUUUUGUGUAUUUAUAUACAAAGUGCUCUAAUAUUUAUUAAUUUUCAUAUUUAAAAAAAUGUCUCUUUAAUAAACUUUUACAACAAACUGAU